GCAGAAGAUCCGGAUACCAUGGAUCAAGGCAAAAUAACCUACAAGCUUCUUCCAGAAAGCAUACUGCCCAUGUUUGAUGUUGAUCCAAAAUCUGGCACAGUUUAUGUGAAAAACGGUGCUCUGUUGGAUCGUGAAGUCAGAUCCCUAUAUUCAGCCACUUUGCAGGCCAGUGACUCAGACAACAAGCCCGGCUCUACUGUACUGGAGAUCACUUUGACUGACAUCAAUGACCAGCCUCCGGUCAUCAACAGACAAUCUUACCAGGAAUAUGUUAAAGAGGGCGAAAAUUUUGAAAGCAGGAUUGAGGCUACAGACAGAGAUGAAGUCGGUUCGGUAAACAGCGAGAUUUGGUUCAGUAUAGAACCAAACCAAUACAGCAACAACUUCACCAUAGAUGAAAACACGGGAUGGUUAAGGAACAAAGGUGAACUGGACCUGGAGUGGCUGGAUCCAGAACUGAAAGGCAGGAUUGAGCUAAAUGUAAUGGCCACCGAUAAGGGAACUCCCCCAUUGUCGAGCACUGUACCCUUUAUCAUCAUUUUGGAGGAUGACAAUGACAACACACCAGAAUUUAAAGAAAUCGCUUACAAUUUUUCUGUAAAAGAAGGAGAAAAAGGUGCAUUUGUGGGUUCUGUUCAUGCUGAGGAUCGGGAUCAAACAAGCGUCUUCAACCGUAUUUCUUUCCGGAUCAUCAGCGGAGGCUUGGGCAGCUUCAGCAUCAUAGCCUCUGCAGCUGAUAAGGGUUACAUUGGAAAGAUCUCUGUGGACCAGGACAUUGAGCUGGAGUAUGAAACAGAACACACCCAUUUUCAAUUGCAAGUGGAGGCUUCAGAUACAGACUCAAAAAAAAGUGUUGUGACGGUAGAGGUGAAUGUGCUGGAUGUGAACGAUGAGAGGCCAGAAUUCCUGCCUAUUGAUCCAGUGACUGUUAAAGAGAACACUUUCAUCAUUGGACCUAUAGGAAGUUUCAUAGCCCAGGACAAAGACACUAACCAUUCCCUGAUCUACAAACAGGAAUCGGUCAAAUGCAGGUGUAACAACAACCUGAAACAAUGCGAAUGGUUUAUCGUCGACCCAACUGGAGAAGUUAGAGUCAAUCCAAAAGAAACAGUUGAUUAUGAAGAGUGUGACCAGGCAGUGAUAGAGGCUCAGGUGGAGGACGGAUACACAGAGAAGGGAGAAAAGGACAGUGUUAAACCAGGACUAAUGGUGAUCAACAUUGAAGACAUCAAUGACAACGCUCCCCAGUUCAUUUACUCAGAUGAUGUAUUUGUUGUGGUGGCUGAAGGUUCAAAUAAAGACACCUCGGUUGCACAUGUCACUGCUAUAGAUAAGGACUCUGGAGAAAACAGAAAAAUAGAGUUUAAAGUAAAAACAGUUCAAUUUCAACACAGUAAUAAUCACACAGAAAAUCUCCGGCUGCUGUUCGAGGCCGUUACUACACAACAAGAUGAUGUUUUUGUUGGGAACAUUCAAUCCAACACAGGCCUCAAUGUAGAUCUGAUUGGAAAAUAUUUGGUAACAGUGACAGCAACUGAUACUGGAGGUCUUGAGACCAGCAAUGUAGUGGAGAUUUUCACUGUUGAUAAGCGCUACCAAGUUGAUCUUGAGUUUUUACUGUCCGAAGCCGAGGUUGACCAGAAGCUUGAUGAAAUCAAAAGGGAACUUAUGUCGGCCACCAGUGCUGUAGUUAAAGUCGUCGAUAUUAAACCAGUAUCUGGAGAAACAUCCAGGAAGGAGGUGGACAAGACUGUCCUAGUGACUUAUUUUAUCUUUCUCAACGGAACUGCUCUUACUAGAAACGAGGUGGAAACCUUGCUCUCUGUGGGGGAACAUUUUAUCAAACUAAAAGAGCUUGGCCUCAAUAAUAUCGGUGCGGGUGAGCCUGAGCCUGGAAACAGAAAUCCUAUGGUGUUCAUUCUGCUGGGGGUAGUGGCAGGCCUCAUUAUUGUGUUGCUUGUUCUCACCACCUCACUGAUGUGCACUCGCAGAAACUAUAGACGGAAGCUAAAAGCAUCUAAAGCCAUGAACACUGCAUCUAUGGUGAACUCCAACAACCAGAAAGGCGGUGCAGUGGUACCUGGAACCAACAAGUACACCAUGGAGGGUGCAAAUCCAGUGCUCAACCUCCACAUCGACACGACUGUUGCUCUGGAUUUAGAUGGGGAGAGCUCUGACAUGGACAAAGUCAGCCUCAACUCUUUAGAUGACCACUAUGACACAAACUCCAACGACACAAACUACGACAUGCAACGGAUCAAAGAGGAGGAAGAAGACGAUGGGCCGCCGGAGUACAACGAGCCUCUGAGCGCAGCUCUGGCCCAGGUGGGCCCGAAGAAAACCGCCAAAACAUCUAACGUUGGUUUUACCAACCCAAUAUUUGACACAACAGACCUGUGAUGUAAAUUCAAAAUAAAGAGAUUAAAAAUAUUCAGGUUCAGGCAAGCCAAGUCAUCUCUUUCUGAUGUCUUCCAAUUGUUCACACCAAUAAUAACCUAAUUUAAAGUUUGGUUCUAGAUUCAAGACUUUAAUCAAGCA